AUGUUUUUGAAUGAUCACCAACAGCUGCAUAUUGAAUCGGCUGCUGAAGAGGAUGCUGGACGUUAUUCGUGUGUUGCCGAAAAUAAACCAGGCAGAGUGGAGAAGGAUAUGAUCGUCGCCGUUCUUAAGCCGCCAGAGAUGGAAGAUUAUGAGCGAUUACUUGAAUCACCAGAAAACGAUUCAUUAACUCUAACUUGUCCCAUAAAUGAUCCAUCUGUCGAAAUGCAAUGGUUGAAGAAUGGUGUUCCAAUUACUACUUCCAGUAAAUUACAGCUAUCAGCUAGCAGGGCGAAGCUGCAUCUCAUGAACAGCCAGGUUUCCGAUUCUGGUCGUUACACAUGUCGCGCAUGGAAUGAUGCUGGAGAGGAUGUUUCUAAUAUGGAUGUUUUAGUAUUAAUUCCACCAAAAAUCGUCGGACCGUCGUUUCGUUCGAUUAAUUCAAUUCUCAAUCAGACAGUUCAUAUUGAAUGUAAAAUAACUGGUACACCACAACCAAAAGUAUUUUGGUCAUUCGAUGGUCGAAAAUUAUUUCCGUCCGAGAGAACGCAGAUAAGAAACAACGGCACAGUGCUCGUUCUAUCAGAAGUACAAACAAAUCAAGAAGGUCGAUAUUCCUGCAUAGCGACAAAUAAAGUUGGUCGAGCUGAGGCUGAUAUAUUUUUGCAAGUUACAGUGCCUCCACUGAUAACAACUCCAGCUGAUGAACUGAAAGUGAUUAAGGGUCAAGGGCAAACGAUUCGGUGCGAAGUAAGUGGUUCCCCUUCGCCAAAAGUUGAAUGGCUAAAGAAUGGACAGAAAUUCGAUUCGGCGAUGAUACAACGAUCGAGCAAUUUGCAUUACAUACAUUUAAGAGAAGCUCAAGUAAAAGAUGCUGGUCGUUAUACUUGCAUAGCAACAAACCGUGCAGGCGAGCAUCGAAUCACAAUUCAACUUCAUGUAUUAGUGCCGCCAGCAAUUUUUGAAGGAGAUCGAGUCCUUCAAGUAAAAGAGAAGACAAUGCUUACUGUAGAUUGUCAAGCCAAUGGUAUUCCUGCACCGCAAAUUUCAUGGAAACGAGAUGGUGUACCAGUAGAUACAGUUGAAGGAUCUCGACUUGUAAUAAAGUCACCAAAGGCAAAUGAUGCUGGAAGGUUUACAUGCGAAGCACGUAAUGAAGCGGGAAUAGCAACAGCAGAUUUCGAAAUUGACGUAUUCGUUAAACCACAAUUCAGAGAUUUGAUCUCAGAAAUAAGAGUUCUGGAAGGUGAGCGAGCAAGACUGGAAUGCAAAGCCGAUGGACAUCCUGAACCAUCCAUAGCGUGGUUACGCGGUGGUCGACUACUUGAAGACAUGAAGAACUUCAUAUUGAGCCCAAGGGGUGAAACUCUAAUGAUCCUAAAGGCGAAGAGAACUGAUGGUGGAAGUUACUCUUGCGUCGCCAAGAAUUAUGCUGGUAAAUCGGAAGCAAGCUUUACUGUUAUCGUCCUAAAUAGACCGCAUAUCGAGGAACUUAUCGAUCAAAAUCCAAAAGUUGUACUUAAUAAUGAUUUGGUGCUUCAUUGUCCAGUUCUUGGCAAUCCCAAGCCAAAGGUGGAAUGGUUUUUGAACGGUGUUUUAGUGAAAGGUGAUCGAUAUACUAUUAUUGAUGACACAGAUUUGAAAAUCUCAUCAUCACAGCAGACCGAUAGUGGACGCUAUUCAUGUCGAGCUAAAAAUGAAGCUGGAACCCUCAAUACGGAUUACGUUGUCGAAAUUAUUGGUCCUCCAAAAUUUCACCGUGGCGGCGAUGCGAAUUAUGAAGCUGUUCUCGGCGGGACUAUAACGAUGAACUGUGCUGUUGAUGCGGAACCGACACCUGAGAUCGUGUGGUACCGCAGUGAUACAGCAAUAUAUCUUUCGGAUAAUAUUCGGAUAUCAGAUGACGGACAGCAAAUAACGAUUCGUGGGAUACAAAUCAGCGAUGGUGGAAAAUAUACUUGUAAAGCGAAAAAUGAAGCUGGAUCCGCAGAUAUUGACUUGAACUUAAAGAUUCUUGUACCGCCGAAUAUUGAUAAAUCUAAUAUUAUUGGAAAUCCUUUGGCGAUUGCAGGAAGAUCGAUAUAUCUUGAGUGUCCUGUAACUGGCAUUCCGCAGCCAGAUAUAACUUGGCUCAAAGAUGGCUUAGUCAUAACAACCAGUGAGCAUUUUUCACUGGACCAGAAUAACCAAACGUUUGGUAUAAAAAUAGUUGAUAUCGAUGAUGCUGGCCGUUAUCAGUGUAUCGCUGAGAAUAGAGGAGGAACAGCAGAACAAGAAUUCAAGCUGGAAGUGUUAGUUCCUCCUGAACUUGAAACCACCGAGCCUCAAAAACAUAUCAAACACGAGAAGGAUAGCUUAACGCUUUGGUGUCCAGUAAGAUAUACACCUGAUAGUGUUUCUUUACCCGAUAUCCUUUGGUACAAAGAUGGUAGACCAAUUGAUACAAGGAGUUCAUCGAAUAUUAAGAUAACUUCAGAAGGUCAACGAUUACAGCUGAUAAAAACUACUUUAACAGAUGCUGGCAAUUAUUCAUGUGUCGCAUUAAAUAGGGCCGGUGAAACAUCAUUGACUUUCCACGUGGAAAUUCUUUCAAUGCCAAAGAUCGACAGUUCUUCACAGAUUGCGCAACCGCAUGUGAUUAUUGGUAAACCGGUAACAAUUUGGUGCAAGGUAACAGGGUAUCCAAUGCCAAUAAUCAAAUGGUUGAAAGAUGGAAAAGAACAAAACGUGAUGAAUCGAGCAGAUAUCCAAGUUCUUGAAAAUGGCCAAGGACUAAUGAUCCUAGAAACGAAAGAAGAACAUGCAGGAAUAUGGAUUUGUGAAGCUGAAAAUAAUGCAGGAAAAAAUCAAUUAGAUAUAACACUUGAUGUUUGGACGCCUCCAGUUGUUGCUAUAUCACCGAACGAUACUCUUCGUGCUCUUGAUACACCAAUUACCCUUUAUUGCGAAGCAACUGGAAAUCCCGAGCCAUCACUAUCUUGGAGCAAAGAAGGACAGCCAUUAAUAUCGUCUGUCGAAGGAGCACGAAUUUCGUUAAAAGGAAAACGAUUAGAUAUUCCCCGGCUCCGACAGUCGCAUGUUGGAGAAUAUUCAUGCAUUGCAACUAAUGAAGCUGGGAGAGCUGAAGCAGUGGUCCAUAUUGAUGUUUUAGUACCUCCUAUAAUAAAUCGAGAUAACAUUGAAAUGAGUCCAAGGCUACCAACUGGUCAAACUUUAACACUUCUCUGUGAUGCAACUGGAAAACCGAAACCAACGAUUCAGUGGUAUGCCAAUGAUACUUUAAUCGUCAACGGUAAAAAUAACAUCAGCAACAUAUCUCUACCUGACCAUGGAAUUUACAAAUGUAGUGCAUCAAAUAUUGCUGGAUACGAUGAACUCCUCUACACAGUAUCCAUAGUCCAAUCCCCAUGGAUAGGAAACGGUGGUACGGUACAAACUGUAGAAGGCGACAUUACCAAGAUGAUUUGUGAUGCUUAUGGUGAACCACCGCCAGUUGUGACCUGGCAGAGGAAUGGUAUUCGUGUCGAAAGUGGAGUUCGGUAUAUCAUUGAAGAUAAACUAUUGAAAAUACUCGAUACUCGAACGUCCGAUUCCGGAAUUUAUGUAUGUAUUGCAACAAAUGAAGCCGGAACUUCGCAACAAGCAUUUACGCUGGAAGUUCUAGUUGUACCACGAAUAACAAUGACAUCGCCAAACGAUUCUGUGGUUCCAGUGGGAGAACCAUUUAGCUUGAAAUGCGGAGCUCGAGGCUAUCCGGUUCCGGAUAUCGACUGGAUGGUUAAUGAUAAACUAAUUGAUGCUGAAAACGAAGGGUUUUCCGUUGGCCCACCAGUUGUCACAAAAAGAGGAAUUAAAAUAAUCAAUGCAACUGAGGGUGAUGCAUCUCUACUCGUUUGUGAAGUGGAAGGACUAACACCUCAAAUUCGUUGGUAUAAGGAUGGUUCGCCCUUAUCGAUAGAAUCAAACAUGGAAUUUAAUGAAGAUCGAACAGAACUGAAGAUUCAUGCAUCGCGAUUGCACGAUGAAGGAACAUACGAUUGUAUUGCGAUGAAUCCGGCAGGAAAUGCUACACAAAAUUUAUUACUUUAUGUGGGAGUUCCACCGAGAAUUACGGAAAAACCACGACGUAUCAUCGUUAAAAGUGGUCAAACAGCCAAAUUAUGGUGUGAAGCUGUCGGAAUACCUAAGCCACAUAUUACAUGGUUGAAAGAUGAUCAAGCUCUCGAGCAAGCUAUUUUGGACGAAUAUUCAGAUAUACUGAAAUCAGUAGCGGUGUUUCCGAAUAUAACCAGUGAGGAUGCUGGUGUCUACACGUGCAAAGCUGAAAAUUGGGCUGGAACGAGUUACAAAGACGUUGACUUAGUUGUAUUAAUUCCACCAACGAUCAGUCCUGAACGGCUAAAUGUUACCGGAGAAAUUUACGAUACAGUUAUAUUACCAUGUAACGCGUCUGGUAUACCGGAACCCGUCGUCUCUUGGAUUAAAAUGCCAAAUGUUAAUAUUGUUUCGAAUGGAGAAAAAUAUCAAAUUCUGGGCAGCUCGCUUGCAAUUCGAAAUAUUGCAGCAGAAGAUGAUGGUUUUUAUCACUGUGUCGCCAAAAGUAAUGCAGGACAGGCCAUUGGAUCUCGACGGCUUAUUGUCAUCGUUAGAACAACGUAUAUUGCCGCUCGAGGCGAUAUGCCUGAAUCUGACCAUAAUUUACUGCCAUGGAAGCAAGAAUAUCAGGAUCUGCCAGUAAAUGGAACGGAUGGAACUCUAAUUCGAUGCUUGCCUGGAGUACGUGAACCUAGACAUACCAUUUCCGGUAUUGCACCACGUUUUAUCCAUACUCCACAAUCGCAGUCUGUACCUAUUGGUUCGAUUGUCGAUCUAUAUUGCAGCGCCGUCGGCUCGCCAAUCCCGGAAAUCCGAUGGAGGUGGAAUAACAAAACGAUUGAUGAAGAAACGAAUACAAAUGGUUUCUCGAAAUUACGCCUUGUACUUGAUAAUCAUGAAGACAGUGGCGAAUAUGCAUGUGUGGCUGAUAAUGCCAUGGGUAGCAUUACUGCUUCGGUGCAGAUUACCAUUAUAGCGCCAUAA